CCUCCCUGGUGUGUGAAUAGAGCCGGGGCUUACAGGAAAUGAAGACGAGUGAAUGGUUAGCUGUUACACUGUAAAUAGAGUAAGUGAACUGUCAACCAGGUUUAUUGUAAUAUUCAUUUUGAGUAGUUUAUUUCGCAGGAAUUCAUAUUUUACAACUACGGCUGUCAUUUAUAAGGUUUCAUCUGCUUAAUUUACUGGAUAUAGCCCUUAGUUUAUGUAUACGUUUAUAAGUCAUGUUGUAAAGUGAAAGAAUGGCUUUGCAGAUGCCCUUUGCUAGACUCCUGUUCAUGCACAGACUGGUGAGAAUUAGCACAUCCACUCAGAGACAUCUCAUCAGCAGGGACACACUUGUAAAGCUCCACAAAUGUAGGAGGGAGAUCAGACACUUUUCAACUGCUUCUGUGAGAUGCAACGAGAAUGAGGGAGACACCAGACUGACCUCCAGGCAGGCACUGCUGUCAAGAAGGAGGCGACCCCUGUCUCCCCUGGAGAGGAUCAGCAGCCUGCUGCCUGAGGACGCCCUGAGCCCUGAGGUGAUGCAGCUGAGGGAGCAGAACCAGCAAGACCCUGAAGGAGAAGCAGACAUCCAGGUAUCGGGCACACACUGCUCACAAGAGGAAGGUGGACAUAAUGGAAUCCCAAGAGAGGAUGACUCAGAUGCAGCUAUAGAGACAAACCCAUCAGAGGCUCAGAUGAGGGGAACAUCUCAUGAGGAAGAAGGGUUGACACCACCCACACUUCCUGGGGAGAGCUUGCUUGUGUUUGGGGAGCUGGUUGUCGCUGAGUAUCACAGGAGGAAAUGGCGUGGGGAGUUCAGGAAGAUGUUCGAACUUAAGCCGGGGACACAUCUGCAUAGCAGCCGGGGGACGAUCUGGCAUGAGGACAUUGCCGGGCAGCCUGCAGGUUGCUUCCUGAAGACAACCACAGGGGGUUCGCUCCUUCUACGACGGCCCAGUCUGGAAGAUUAUGUGCUGUAUAUGAAGAGGGGGCCAGCCAUCUCAUACCCUAAGGAUGCAGCUACUAUGCUCAUGAUGAUGGAUGUCACAGAGGGAGACUGUGUGUUGGAGUCAGGAUCGGGGUCAGGGGCCAUGUCUCUGUUCCUGUCCAGAGCAGUUGGCUCUAAGGGCAGCGUGCUGAGUGUGGAGGUCAGAGAGGACCACCACACGAGAGCGGUGCGGAACUACAAGCACUGGAGGACGUCUUGGAACCUGCGACGAGGGGAGGAGUGGCCUGAUAACGUCCAGUUUCACAACGCCGACCUCUGUACGGCUUCCUCGCUCCUCGCUGCUAAGGGAUUCCAUGCGGUUGCUCUUGACAUGACCCACCCUCAGCUGGUUUUACCCACUGUGACUCCACAUCUGCACCCUGGAGCUGUUUGUGCUGUCUACCUUGCCAAUAUAACACAGGUCAUUGACCUGCUGGAAGGGAUUCGAUAUUCUGCGCUCCCUUUGCUGUGCGAGCGCAUCAUGGAGGUUCCAAACCGACACUGGUUGGUGGCUCCAGCCCUCCAGAAAGAUGGAAAACACUGCGUCAGGAAAGCUCCGAUCCUGGACGGAGACCAGAGGGAGGCGGGGGAAGCGUCAGAUGAGAUUGAUGAAGAAGAGAUGACCACAGAGGAACACCCAGCCUUCGGGAGUAUUCCCUACAUCGCUAGACCUCAUCCUGAACAAAUGAGCCACACAGCAUUCCUGGUGAAACUGAGGAAGAUUGUGCGGUAGCUGUGCUGCCUGUGAGAAAGCCUGGACAAAAAUAAUUGUGACAUAUCAACCUAUUUAUCUCCUUACUGUAAAGACUCAAAAACACAAACAGGUUCAAGCUUUUAUUCAAAACGUCACGAGGCAGUGUUGGACCAUGAAACAGGCACAUUGGCAACAAUCCUAAAAACACACCCAGUUGAAUCCCAGUACAUUAAGGACAUGUAUCGCAGGCUAAACUAUAAUUUAGCCAAAAUGUCGAACUCAUUUUUUGACAGUUAUAUUUAACAUCUGUGAAUAAAUAAGUGUGUCAAAAAAACAGAAGUGCUUCAGUACAUAAAUAUCAUAAAUAAAUAAAUAAAUAUCAAGAACUCAGUGCAGGCUAAACAGGUCUUUGGUGUUCCACAUCAAUCUUUAUAUAUUUUCAUCACAGUAUGAUGCAUGGAUUUCUCAGUCACUUAAAUGGUUAACUUUGUUCUGACAGUUCCGUUAAUUCAGCACCAUGUUCACAUUAAACACAAACUAGUGAGUUGAACUUGUGAUUCAGACCUUUUCUUCAGAGUAAAAGUGGCAUUAAAGAGGUGAGACAGCACCACGCAGAUCAGCUCAGUCAGUGCUGCUGAGGUGGUGCGAUGCGCUACUUACUGAUCCAGUCCAUGGAGGUGUCACAUGUGGACCCGCAGGAAGAUUCAUCUAACAAAGAUGAUCAGAAACACACUAGAAUUAAUCCUGUUACUGAAUGUAAUAUUCAAGCUCCUGUUCAUAUUUAAGUUGGUAUCACAGGAUGUGUACAGCACCAUCUUUUCCAGUUUCACCUCCCAGGUGUAAUCCAGCUAAAUCACAUCUACACACAAUCCAGAUUCCAGAAUCCAAAUUACAUCAUACGCAAUGGAGCGAAGGAGAGAAUCUGCUUCACACUAUUUCAACUGCUGUUACACAAUUGCUUAUUUUUGUUAAAAAUAAAUAGUUCAUCAUUGCAUUAAUCUGUUUCAUCUUGUUUCAUUUUAUCUUGUUUAUCUUCUUAUCAUUGUCCCUG